CCCUCUCUCACUGCCCGGUUGGUUCCUUCCUCCACAGAUGUGGAGAAAAAGGGCUCUGUUCCUGAAGCAUCGCUCCAGGGUUGACAAGCAUCAACAGAGUAAGGACUCUGUGUUCUUCCGUGAUGGAAAGAGGAGGAUUGACUUCAUCCUGUCCUAUGUGGAUGACCGAGACGGAGAGAGGAAACAGGAGAGGCGCAAGGAGUAUGAAGCUAACCUACAGAAGGCAGGUCUGGAGCUGGAGACAGAGGAUCAAUCGGAGUCAGAUGACGGUAACAUAUAUGUGAAGAUUCCACUCCAUGGGAUGUGCUGGCCACCUAUGCCGACGUCUCAAAGAUCAAGGUUCCUUCAAGGCCAACGACAUCACCGCCCACAAG